AUCUAGUGAUAUAACUGCAUUUAAUGGAUCUUAGUGAGAUAACCCAUCCUGCCCUGACCCCUGCUAGGGUCAAAACAUUGGCCCAAUUCCAGAUAGAAACCCUGGCUGACCUACUCAGUAACCCAGCAGAGUCUAUUGCCCGAAUUCUCAACAUCUCUUAUACUCAGGCUGUAGAAUUGGUUGACAUGCUUUUCCGCGACUUCGCCCCAUUUCCUGUCAUGUGUGUAGAACUGUACCAGAACCAAGUAAAGACAGAAUGUGUUAUCAAAACCGGUUCUGCCCUGGACAGCCUGCUGGCUGGCGGGUUUAAAACCGGUUCUGUGUACGAGGUGUACGGUCUGCCUGGUGUGGGUAAAAGUCAGCUGUGCAUGACUAUAGCAGUCAGCUGUUCACUGGAGCACGGAAAACAAAGUGUACUGUAUAUCGACACAAAAAAUGAUCUCUCUGCAGAACGGAUGCUGGAAAUCCUUCAGGCUAGAACUGGAUCUCCUACAAACCUUUCCCUUCUUUCUUCAAUCCAUGUUGGAAAAUUAUUCUGCACAGAUACUAUAAUCAACACUUUAAGUAAUGUUGUUUCAAGUUUUCCUACAGACAUGAAAGAACUCAAAUUAAUUAUCCUUGACAAUCUCUUCUCUCCAGUCCGCCAUCUUGUUGAUGAUGAAAUAACCGCGGCAUUUUCUGCUGCCACACAGAUUACUCAGUUACUUUUACAAAUAUGUCGGAAGGGUGUGUGCAUUGUGACUGUAAAUAGUUCAAGGUUGCAAGAUGAGGAGAGUUUGCCCUCCUUAGGAAAACUGUGGGCAAGUCUGCCAGAUGUUAGGUUAAAUAUGGAUUUUGUUACUUCUGACUCUCAUCAAAAUUUCCCUCAAGACCAAAAACGAAAAAUAACUGUUGUGAAAGGAAGUUUGGAUAAGCCCAUUUGUGAUUUUAUUAUCGAUAGUUCAGGGGUAUCAUAAUGUGCACAAUGUUUUUUUUUUCAUGCAGCAAUAUUUUGUAAUCAAAUUUUAUUUCAUUCACGAUUUGUAUGCUAUGUUAUGUAUUUUUUGUCCUUAAGUAAUAUGCUGUUAUGUUGUUUCAGA